AUGGCAGUUGCUAUAAAACCUCAUGAAGCUUUUCGUGUACAAGUAGUUCUUCGAGACUGUGUCAAGAAACUGCAGUUCUUAGGAACUGUAAUGCAAACUUUAAAAUCUGAAGGCAGAGAUGAUGCAACUGAGCUAAUGGGUGAUGAAAUCUCUCGCAUUAUUUCAGAGCAGCGCAGUCUUGAGCAACAAUACGCGCAGCGUGUAAAAGAACGCUCCUCUCUUACUGGCAUCGCCAAUAAACAAAAAUCGCUUGAAGUCAAAGAUAAAAUUAAAGAAAUCGCCAAUGCUUUAAGAGAAAAUACUAGACAUUUGUGCAGAGUUUUGAAAGAUAACCCAAAUCUCCAGGAUAAUUUAUUAAAAAUUGAGAGGGAUAGACAACAACUUGUAGUGGUUUUAGAAGACUUAAUGAAUGACAUGUUCUCAAUGAAUUACCAUUCAUUUGCAUAUAAAGUGACUGAAGAGCUACAGUUACAAGACCUUUUAGGAAAGAAAAAGCAGCAGGAAAAAGAAACCUCGACCAAUGCAAAACAGUUGCAAGAAGAUUAUAAAAAGGAACUGCAAGAGUACCAGAAUGAGACAAAAGAAGCACAGCUAGAAAUACAAAGAAGGAGAGAUGAACUGGCUGAGGCAAAAAAAGCUCAGAGUUUUCAGGUAAAAUAUAAGGAUAAAGAUUUGAACGCAAAUUUUGGAAGCCAGUAUAGAGGGUAUCAAGAAGAAGAAAAGCAGUGGCUGGAUCAAAUUGAGGACUUGAAGAAAAAGAAAGAAAUGGAGCUCAAGGUCCAUCAAAGAUUAUCUGCAUUUAUGGAAAAAGGAAGAGUUAAUACGCAAAAGGACAUUGAAGAAUGGAAACAAAAAAAGGAAUCUGAUGUAAAAGAUCUAGUGCUAAGGAUCAACCAAAUUAGCACGAAAAAAGAAAACGCCAAAAAGAAACUAGAAGCUCUUACAGAAGAAAUUGAAUCUGAAAAGAAAAGGCUAACAGAGAAAGAAAGAGAAGAAAAAGAACGAGAAGACAUGCUCAGAGAAGAGCGAGAAGACAAUGAAAGAAAAUACAAAGCCUGCCAAGUUCUUGCAAGAGAAUUUUUGAAAUAUAAAGAAAUUAUGAGUAAAUUAAGACCGAAAAAGAAAAAAGGGGUAAAGAAAGGGAAAAAAACCGCCUAA